AUGGCCCGACGACUCAUUGCUGCGCUCGCCCUCGCGCACGGCGCCUCGGCUCUCCUGGAAGGGUUUGUGGAAGUUCUGGUCCGCGUCGAUGAGGUCCGCGCCUCGGUGGGUGCCGCCGCCGGGGUGUUGGAGGCUGCUGGGCGUGGCGACGACCCCGGGUACGAGGCGUGUGUGCACGCCGACCAGAUCGUCCAGGACUGCUACGACUCUGGCGCUCUCGAUAGUACUGCUCCGGCGGCGGAAGGGAAUAGGUGUCUGUGUUGCGAGGACUCAUCCAACGUCAGCAUACUCUACUCGAGCUGCGCAUCAUACGCGAUCAAUGAGGUUUCCGCGACCAGUGCCUUUUCGGCCAUGACCGUCCUUUACAGCAUUUGUGGACUUAGCGCGACCUGCGCAACCCAGACUGGUGGUAUUGGUACUACGCGCGGUUCUGCUACGCGCGGCUUUACGCGCACCACCCAGGGCACCGAGGAUACCAUUCCGCUUCCCACCGACCUGCCUGCCCCGUGCUCAAAGUUGCUGUCUAUUUACUCGUCGUGCUCUGAUGACCUGGGCUUCAACACGGCGAAAGCUACCGACGUUGCAUCGUGCUUUUGCCCGGCAAAGUCUGGCAAGUUUGACACGGCGUUCGAGGAUUACGCCAGCUCUUGUAUCCCUUACGCCAAAUCCUCUUUCCUCCCGGGAGAUUACACCGUCGUCACUCGGCUCGCUACAUUCUGCGACGCCGUGCAGACCGGCGGCUCUGCGGCCAGCAGCAGCGGGCCUCUCAUCUUCACCUCGGCCGGGACUCGUACUGGGCCGGAGUUUGGGCUUCCCUCGGAGACCUCUUCGCCAGGGACAACGGGUACUCCGGGUCUGGUCCCGGUCCCUAGUGACGCGGCAGGUGGAAGCACAUCUUCGUCCAGGGGCCUUGGGACGCCGGGCGCCAUGGUCCCUGGCCUUUUUGCUUGGCACCGAAAUUGUGCGCAACAUGAAAUGUGGGCGACAAGACGGUUGAUGAUGGCUUCUAACAGGACAUUUACAUCGCCUGCGCUCACUUUUGAGCUUGUUGCCAGGUGUUCGGUAACACGCGCCCGCGCAUCCAACCUCACCUUGCCCCACGGCAACGUCAAGUUGCCAAUAUUUAUGCCGGUAGCGACCCAAGCAUCGCUGAAAGGCCUGACUCCCGAGCAACUCGAAGCGACAGGAUGCUGGCUAUGUCUCAACAACACCUACCAUCUUGGCCUUAAACCCGGUCAAAACGUCCUCGACGCCGUAGGGGGUGCUCACAAACUCCAAGGAUGGAAUCGCAAUAUCCUGACAGAUAGUGGGGGUUUCCAAAUGGUCUCCCUCCUGAAGCUCGCCAACAUCACCGAAGAGGGUGUGCGGUUCCUCUCUCCACACGACGGCAGCCCGAUGCUGCUGACGCCCGAGCACUCCAUGAGUCUGCAGAACUCGAUCGGCUCCGACAUCAUGAUGCAGCUCGAUGACGUGCUGGUGACCACCUCGCCCGACAAGGCGCGCAUGCGCGAGGCCAUGGAACGCAGCGUGCGCUGGCUGGACCGGUGUAUUGCAGCACAUAAGAAACCGGACACGCAGAACCUGUUUUGUAUUAUCCAGGGCGGGCUGGACCUGGACAUGCGCCGCGAGUGUUGUACGGCGAUGCUACAGCGGGAUACGCCGGGGAUCGCGAUCGGCGGGUUGAGUGGUGGCGAGGCGAAGGAUGACUUUUGCAAGGUGGUGUCUGCCUGCACCGAGAUGCUGCCCGAGUUGAAGCCGCGCUACGUGAUGGGUAUUGGGUAUCCGGAGGACCUGGUUGUCAGCGUCGCGCUGGGCGCUGACAUGUUUGACUGUGUCUGGCCGACACGGACGGCACGGUUCGGCAAUGCCAUCACCAAGCAUGGCGUGUUGAACAUGAAGCGGGAGUUGUAUGCGGCUGACUUUGGGCCUAUUGAGGAAGGUUGCGGAUGCCCAUGCUGCCGGCCGGCUGGGGAAGAGGGUGCCUUGGGGAUUACCAGGGCGUUUGUUCAUCACAAUGCGGCUAAGGAGACGGUGGCGGCGCAUCUACUCACUCUGCACAAUGUGUGGUAUCAGUUGGACUUGAUGAGGAGUGCACGGGAAGCCAUCAUUGCAGACCGUUUCCCGGCCUUUGUCAAGGCUUUUUUUGCCAACCUGUAUCCAGAUCAGAGUGGAUAUCCCCUCUGGGCCGUGGAUGCCUUGAAGGGGGUCGGGGUCGACUUAUUAGGGACAUGA